CAGAUGGCGCCAGGUCACAUUCAGCUCACCCAAAAAAGAGCACGUUGAGCCACUUCCUCACAAAACACCAGCGGGCGGGGCCGACACUGCCAGAAGGGGCGUGGUCAAAAGAUGGAGAGCCGAUGCAGCAGCAGCGCCGACUCCAGGCAGGGGGUCCGCGUGGUGGUCAACUCCACGUCCAUGUCAGCGCGCGUGGACUCGUAUGAGGCGGUGGAGAAGAAGUGCAUCUCAGAUGUCAGGAGGACCUUCUGCCUCUUUGUCACCUUUGACCUUCUGUUCAUCACCUUGCUGUGGAUCAUCGAGCUCAACGUGAACGGCGGCAUUCCCAAGCAGUUGGAUCAAGAAGUCCUCCAUUACGACUACCACGCCUCCUUCUUUGACAUUUUUCUGCUGGCCGUGUUCAGGUUCGCCUCGCUCAUCCUGGCCUACGCCGUCUGCAGGCUGCGUCACUGGUGGGCCAUAGCGAUCACCACCGCGCUCUGCUGCGCCUUCCUGAUUGUCAAAGUCAUUUUAUCCAAGCUGCUGUCUCAGGGAGCUUUUGGGUACCUGCUGCCCAUCAUCUCCUUCGUUCUGGCCUGGAUAGAAACAUGGCUGCUGGACUUCAAGGUUCUUCCUCAGGAGGCAGAAGAUGACAACAGGUUCCAGUCCUUCUUGGACGCUAGCGAGCGAGCGCCUCUCUUGUGUCCCGGUCCCAUGUCUGACGGGCAGUUCUACUCGCCGCCCGAGUCCGUGGCAGACACUGACGAGGACCUGGACGACAAACAAGGACUCUUUUAAGGAUGUCGUCAGAGGAAGUUAUUGGUCCGCUUUGAAAGGAAAACUGCGCCUUACGCUUUUUUACAUUUGAAUGUCGCACACAAGAACGCUAAAGGAAUUAAGAGGUCAAUGAAGCCAUGUUGGCGUCCUCGAUAAGCUAUUAGAGAAGAUACGCUUUGCUCUGCAUGAAAGGAAGAUGCUGAGGCCAGUCAGACGCUCACCCUCCACAAGAAAUGCGCAGCCUUUCCAAAAUAAAAGUGUCAAGAAGGUGAA